AUGGGACCUAGAUUCUUUGUUGGUGGUAACUUUAAAAUGAAUGGCACACAAGCCUUUCUUAAAAAUCUAAUUGAUAGUUUAAAUUCUAGUCAACUUGAUAGGGAUGCUGAAGUGGUAAUUGCACCGCCAUCCCUAUAUCUCGAUCAAUGUCGCAAACAGGCUAAUAAAGAAAUUGGAGUUGCGGCUCAGAAUGCGUUUAAUGCUAGCAGUGGUGCUUUCACUGGGGAAAUCAGCCCUGAACAAUUAAAAGAUCUUGGUAUCGAAUGGGUUAUUCUUGGUCAUUCAGAGCGUCGCGAAAUUUUCAAAGAAUCAGAUGAGUUGAUCGCUUUAAAAGUAGCAUUUGCAUUAAAGACCGGUAUAAAGGUAAUCGCUUGUAUCGGAGAAAAACUUGAAGAACGAGAAUCUGGUAAAACAUUUGAAGUUGUAACUCGACAGCUUCAAGCAAUCGCCAAACAGAUUAACGAUUGGACAAAUGUUGUGAUCGCCUAUGAGCCGGUUUGGGCAAUUGGUACAGGAAAAGUAGCGACACCUAAACAGGCCCAAGAAAUUCAUGAAUAUAUUCGAAAAUGGUUAAAAGAAAACGUAUCAGAAGCUACGGCAGAAAAUACACGCAUUAUCUACGGAGGUUCUGUAAAUGCUUCUAAUGCUACAGAACUUGCAAAACAACACGACAUCAAUGGAUUCCUUGUAGGUGGUGCAUCUCUAAAGCCAGAAUUCGUUAAUAUUGUGAAUGCCCGUAUUUAA